AAUUCUCAGAUCUUUGAAAGAGUCAUCCAUAUCAUACUCUUCACUUUCCUUAAAUUUUUUUACCCAUCCUCUGUUAAAGUUUGCAGAUUUUUGGUGGGGUUCGUUGAGGGUACUGUGCAAGCUUUUCAACAUCUUCACAACCUGCACCAUCAAUGGCCACUGAAGAGGUUAAUAAGCCUCAGUCACUUCCUCCAUACCCCGAGCUGAUACUGAAAGCGCUUGAAGCUCUGAAUGAACCAAGUGGAUCCAGCAAAUCAGCAAUAUCGAAGUACAUAGAAUCGACCUAUGGUGAGUUGCCAGACUCAACUGUUUUGGGGAAUCAACUGAACAAGAUGAAAGAUAGUGGAGAACUUGUGUUCAGUAAGAACAACUACCUAAAGGCUGACCCAAGUGCCCCACCUAAGAGGGGCCGUGGAAGGCCACCAAAGCCAAAGGCCCCUGUGUCACCAGGCACCGUUGUGUCUCCUCCACGGCCAAGGGGUCGUCCCCCAAAGGACCCGAAUGCUCCUCCAAAGUCCCCAAAGCCUAAGCCCACCCCUGGAAGUGGCAGGCCAAGGGGUAGACCAAGGAAAAUUCCUCGCUCACCAGCGGCGACGGUGGCGCCGGCCACCGUCUCCAGCGGAAGGCCUAGGGGUAGGCCUCCUAAGGUAAAGCCUCAGUUGAGAGAAGUGAGUGUUGACUUAUAGAAUUAUUUCUUCAUUUGGGUGGCUAAAUUAGUGUUCCUACUCUGUGUAAGUGGUGGGUGUGAUGUUAGAUUCUGUGUUGAUGUAAUCUCGUUGUAAAAUUAUGUAGUGGUAGCUGACUUACUACGAGGCUUUCUUGUUUGUUUUCCUGUCUAAUUAUCAAAGAGAACAGUGACUUGGACUAAUUCUUAUGUUGUGGUGUCAUCUUCUAACUUGCAAGCCGUGACGGAGGAAGGAAAGAGAAAAAAAAACAGGCUUUUGUUUCAGACAUUAAUUUUGUUCAUUAUUCUUGGUGGAUCUCAGUAAAAUUUUAAUGGAAAAUGGUAUAGAAGGAACCUAAAAUUUAUGAUAGAUAUUUUUGGAAAUUUGAUAACCCCUUAGUACACUUUAAACAAGGGAAUGGAGAGGGCAACCUGUGGUGGUGUCCCCAGAGACAGAAAAAAGGGAGAGAAGCUAACAGUGAUGAUGUAAUAAAUUUGACUCUAUGCUUGAUAUCUGGACACCAACCUAUGGAGAACCUCGUACGACACAAUCUAUAUUCCCAUGUCUGUGUUGAUAAGACAUCUCCUGUGUUGUGUGAAGUCGUUGUUGUUUCCUUGAGGGGGGUAAUAGGCUGGCAUGGUUUGACCACUAGCCUAGUGCGUGUUAUCUUUCCAUCAGCUUUACCUGUAAAUUGGUAAUAUCAGCAAUGUAAUUGAUCUGCUUAGUCACAUUUUGAA